AUGUUUGGAGCCUUUGGUGCAGCGUCGACCUCCAAGCCGGCCUUUUCAUUUGGCACGCCAGCACCAGCAGCAAGUCAGCCGACGACAGGCUUCUCACUCGGCCAGCCAGCCCAGCAAAGCAGUGCCCCGGGCGGCUUCUCCUUUGGCAAUGCUGCCGCUUCUUCGACCGCUGCUGCUCCCAAGCCAGCAUUCAGCUUCGGCGGUCUAGGCACAAGUACACAGCAGACACAGCAGCAGCCAGCAGCUUCUACAGGCUUUGGCGGCUUCGGAUCGACAGCGAAUGCCCAGCAAGGCGGACUGUUCGGCAGUACACCGUCGAGCGCAAGCGGAGGGCUCUUCGGCAAUUUGGGACAAUCAACGGCCACAGGAGCGCCCAGCGGACUCUUUGGCUCUAGACCAGGUCAAACAGCUCCGAGCAGCCACGCGACAGCAGCGCAGCAGCAGCAGCAGCAGCAGCAGCAGCAGCAGCAACCCUUGCCGGCGCUGGGAGCAAGUCUCGUAGCAGCAGGCAAACCUUUGGCACCUGGAGAGCAGCCCAUUGAGCAGCGUGUCAUAUCGAUAAAGGAAAAGUGGGACCCGGCAAGCCCACAAUGCGCGUUCCAGUAUUUCUUCUACAACAUGGUCGAUCCUGCGCAAGUCCAGUAUUACCAGCGGCCUGCCAACGCUACGAACGAUGCGGCCUGGCACAAGGCUGUACGAGAGAACCCAGAUCCGUCUUGUAUGGUGCCUGCGCUUGCAAUAGGCUUUGACGACCUCGCAAAACGAGUUGCAGCCCAAGAGCGUCAAGCAGUCGCGCAUAGUAGCAAAUUGAAUGAGAUCUUCAAUCAUCUAGAGAAAGUGGGCAAAAAGUACACGCUAGAGACGUCUUUGCGCUUGUCGAGGGUCGCACAAGCGCAAGUGCUUUUGUCAGCCCGGCUUGUGCGUCUGGUCUCGAGGAUACACCCAAUCACACCCAUGCGCUCGUCUGCGCUACGAAGAGAGGAAGAGGAGCUCAAGACGCGUGUAGAUCAGCUCUAUGUCGACUUCACGGGUCGCAGGCCGCAAGAUGUCUAUCGAGAAGCAGGCGGCGGCCAAUUGGCUUCGACAGUCAGCGAACUUUCUGUUAUAGCCGCGCAACGACGCGCCCUGCAGACAGCAUAUGGCAAGACAGAGCAGAUCGAAUUGAUUGCUAUCAGCGAUGACGACCUUGCCAAGAUCUCGCAGAUCCUCACGCAACAGCAAAAGACGCUGGAUCACCUCGCGAAAUGCCUCUCAGACGACGGCCAAAGGCUGAACGUCAUUGUAGACGGUUUCGGGCUGGGCAAAGAUGCGUCGUGAAGCAUUUGCAACUGUUGUAAACAACUCUAGAAUGCGAUUACGCUCGCGCUUGCGGUUGAUGUGUGGUCGUCCGGCGUCGAGGUGCCUGUAGACUGGUGCACAGAAGGCGUUUCGGUGGCUGGCUUGCGCUUGCGAAUC